AUGCUUUACCACCCCUGUGUUAUGCAAGUCAUCAUCGGCAAAAUUGCCUUUGUCAUGAGAGUUACCUUGGGCACCACAGCUGCUGAGUCUUUGUGUGCUGCAGGGAACAUCUUUGAAGGACAGACUGAGGCACCAAUAAUGGUUCGUCCAUUUCUGGCUCUCGUGACACGUUCUGAACUCCAUGCUGUCAUGAUUGGAAGGUUUGGCACCAUAGCUGGUGCCAUACCCUUGGAUUGCAUGAUGGGUGUGGAGUGGGAAGAGGCUGGAACAGUCGCCGAGUUGCUUGGAGUAGAGACUUUCCUCAACGAGUCUCUUGCAUAUGACAAACUGUCAAGUUUUAUCGACAAUCGGAUUCGCUCAGAGAUUAUAGCCACCUACGCUCUGUGUGGGUUUGCUAAUUUAGGCUCCGUUGGUAUCCAACUUGGAGGUCUGUGCCCUAUGGUUCCUAACCGGCUGGGAGACCUAGCUCAGCUGGCAGUAACUGCUCUGCUUGGUGGCAUCGUCACAAACCUCCUGACUGCAUGUGUGGCUGCUGAGUCCACUAAUAGAAAUAUGGGAGGUUCCUGA